AUGGCGGGACACCCCGACAUAUGGAAGACUGGGAGGCGGGUGAAUGAACGCUUCGACAUCGGCAAAGGGUUCCUGGCCAAGGUCCGUGGUUUCGUUAAAGAGUGUGGUGUCUGUCAGCGCCAAAAACAGGAGACGGUGAAAACAGGGCGGCUGCAACCCGUCAAACCCCCGACCCGUCCUUGUGAAAAGAUGGGUUUAGACUUCGCGGGGCCUUUCAAUGUCCCUGGAGAACGCGCGUGGUAUAUCUUAGUGGUCAUUGACUAUUGUACGCGAUACGUUCAUCUGUACCCGACGAGACGGAUCUCGGCUAGGUUUGUGGUACGCUCCCUGACCACGCUUAUGGGCGUCAUGGGUAUGUGA